CAUAGGAGAGGAGGAGAAGAAGGACAUUUAUCCUUCGCUCCCUUCCUCGCUCCCUCCCUCCCAUUGGUCAUGAUAUCCUGGGACUGGCUAAGGGGAGCGUCCCUGCUGCUGGCGUUCCACGCCUCCGUCUCCAUGGUGAUGCUUGGGAACGGCAACCACAGUAACGGUACGGGCCCCGGCUGGGAUGGUAUUCUGGAGAAGUACUUUGUUGAGGAGGGGGACUGGUGGCAGGCCAAGCAGAGAGGGAAGAGGGCCAUCACAGAUACAGACAUGACUGCAAUAUUGGAUCUGCACAACAAGCUGAGAGGACAAGUCUACCCACCUGCUUCAAAUAUGGAAUACAUGGUGUGGGAUACAGAGUUGGAGCGUACAGCAGAGGAGUGGGCUGAGACGUGUCUGUGGGACCAUGGUCCUGCUAGUCUGCUUCCCCAGAUAGGACAGAACCUGGGAGCUCACUGGGGGUGGCCACGCCCCCCCACGUCCCAUGUGCAGGCCUGGUAUGAUGAGGUGGGGGACUAUUCCUUCCCUUACCCCCAGGAGUGUAACCCCUACUGCCCCUUCAGAUGUUCCGGCCCGGUCUGCACCCACUACACACAGUUGGUGUGGGCGACCAGCAGCAGGAUAGGCUGUGCCAUCAACAUGUGCUACAACAUGAACGUCUGGGGUCAUAUCUGGGCUAAAGCCGUCUACCUGGUCUGCAACUACUCACCCAAGGGGAACUGGUGGGGUCAUGCCCCCUACAAACACGGCACCCCCUGCUCCGCCUGCCCCCCCAGCUACGGAGGAGGAUGCAAGGACAACCUCUGCUACAAAGACGAAGGUACAGAGUCACAGAGACCUCAGGAGGAAACAGAGGAAAACAAUUCCAUCGAACCUGAGGCCCCCCAGAGCCCCCAGAAGCCACGCGCCAGGUCCCCCCAGCCAAAGCUCCCCCCGCUGGCACAGACCCCCACCCCCCCCACCACCCCCCCACCAGAGGAGCGGGAGAGGAACAAGGUGGUCAAUACACAGCAGAUGUCUCAGCUUGUGACCUGUGACACUAAGCUACGAGAUCAGUGCAAAGGAACCACGUGCAACAGGUACGAGUGUCCUGCCGGCUGUCUAGACUCCACAGGGAAGGUGGUUGGGACAGUACACUAUGAGAUGCAGUCCAGUAUCUGCCGUGCUGGCAUCCACUCUGGAGUGGUAGAUAAGGAUGGAGGAUGGCUGGACGUCACCAGACAAGGCAGGAAGGACUUCUUCAUCAAGUCCAACAAGAAUGGAAUUCAGUCUCUAGGGAAGUAUCAGAGCGCCAACGCUUUCAUCAUCUCCAAAGUAACAGUGAAAGCUAUCACCUGUGAGACCACGGUGGCUCAGAUGUGUUCAUAUCAAAAACUUGUAAAGCACUGUCCAAGGUUAUAUUGCCCCCGGAACUGCAUGGAAGAGAACCCUAACAUAUCACGGGUCAUCGGAACCAGAAUCUAUUCAGAUAGGUCCAGUAUAUGCCGGGCAGCGGUCCACGCAGGGGUGCUUCAGAACGAUGUGGGUGGCUACAUCGAUGUGAUGCCAGUAGACAAGCGUAAACAGUACAUUGCCUCGUACCAAAACGGCAUUACUUCCGAGAGUCUUCAGAACCCACCAGGAGGAAAGGCAUUCCGGGUGUUUGCUGUGAUCUGAGUGUUCCAUGUUCUGACUGAGUGUUCCGUAUUCUGACUGAGUGUUCCGUGUUUUGACUGAGUGUUCCGUGUUUUGACUGAGUGUUCCAUGUUCUGACUGAGUGUUCCGUGUUUUGACUGAGUGUUCCAUGUUCUGACUGAGUGUUCCAUGUUCUGACUGAGUGUUCCGUGUUUUGACUGAGUGUUCCGUGUUUUGACUGAGUGUUCCAUGUUCUGACUGAGUGUUCCAUGUUCUGACUGAGUGUUCCGUGUUCUGACUGAGUGUUCCGUGUUCUGACUGAGUGUUCCGUGUUCUGACUGAGUGUUCCGUGUUUUGACUGAGAUUUCCAUGUUCUGACUGAGUGUUCCGUGUUCUGACUGAGUGUUCCGUGUUCUGACUGAGUGUUCCGUGUUCUGACUGAGUGUUCCAUGUUCUGACUGAGUGUUCCGUGUUCUGACUGAGUGUUCCGUGUUCUUACUGAGUGUUCCGUGUUUUGACUGAGUGUUCCAUGUUCUGACUGAGUGUUCCGUGUUCUGACUGAGUGUUCCGUGUUCUGAGGACAGGGGUUCCAUCUUUCCUCUCUCACCAAACACAUAAUCACUCAUCUCUGCUGUCUGUACCAGAAAAUGACUGAAACACUUUUCUGGCCUUUUCACUACCCACGAGGUCAGAAGGCGUCUCCACGGAAACUAAAGAAAAUGGACAUAAACAAACACAGGUACGGGCAGCACUGACUUAAGAGAGACGGCAGAGAGGAAGGUUGAUGCUCAGUGCAGUAACGUUUCAAUGUUUUAAUGUUGUCUGGUUCAUUUUAUAAACAGUAUAUAUUUGACAUAAUUGCAAGCAGUACUUUAUACUGUAC